CAGUGAAACGAUAAGGUCAAGGGCUUUACCUUAACAAGGAAAGCCAGGAAACAGUUGAACCUCGAAAGCCUGAAGGAAAUGCUAUUAGAAAGCCUGGCACCGCAAGACCAGCCAAAUGAUACGAAGAAACGCACGGAAUGUGCUGGUUACUGGAGAAGGUGCCGUGCGCCGCCAGCGGGAUGGAGUUCGGGAGAUUCCUGGAUGAAGUGCAGUACUCGCGCAAGGGCAUUUUGAAGUACGAGGCCAUCUUCGGCGACGGCUUCGUCAGCACCGGCGGCCAGCGGACCACCAGCGAGUUCUGCCAGAUGGUGGGGCUGCAGCGCGGCCAGUAUGUCCUGGACGUCGGCGCCGGGAUCGCCGGCAGCGCCUUCCACAUGGCCAAGGAAUACGGCGUGCAUGUGACGGGCGUGGAUCUGUCGUCCAACAUGUUCUCCAUCGCCGUGGAGCGCCGCGGCGAGGCGGUGCUGUCCGCCGGCAGCGUCGAUCUGGAGAUUGCCGACAUCCUGACGCGGGAGUAUGCCGCCGAGAGCUUCGAUCUCAUCUACAGCCGCGAUGUCAUCCUGCAUAUCGCUGAUAAACGCCGCUUAUUCCAGCAGAUGUUUAAAUGGCUGAAACCCGGCGGGAAACUGCUGGUUACCGACUAUUGCUGCGGCGAUAAGGCGCAUUCCACCGAUUUCCAGACCUAUGUCCAGCAGCGCGGAUAUAUCCUGCUGACCGUCGCCCAGUACGGCCAGUUGCUGGAGGAAGUGGGUUUCGUGCACGUGAAAGCCGACGACCGGACGCAGCAGUUCAUCAGUGUGCUGCACAAUGAACUGCGCAAAUUCGAGCCGUUGGAGGCGGAGUUUGUGGAGCAGUUCUCCCGCGAGGACUACGAGCAGAUCGUCAGCGGAUGGAACGCCAAGGUGGGCCGCUGUCAUGCCGGCGAUCAGGCCUGGGGACUGUUUAUUGCCGAAAAAGAUGCAUGAUUUUUCAGGCGGUAUUAUUUGGUUCCGGUGUGUGUUUGGUUUGGACGCUCGUUAGUCUUUAGUUUUCUUUGGCGU